AAUUUUAAAUUUUGUGUUACCAGUAAUAAAAAUGCGUUGGUCGACAGUGUUGCUAGUGGUUUUGUAUUUUGCGUCGUGUGAGGGGUUAGAGAAUGCAGUUGAAGGAAGAGGAAAGAAAAAGAAAAUUGCAUUGGCCAUAUACUUCGCGGAUCUAGUCAUCAAAAAGAUCUUUGUCCUGAAGCUGAUAUACGCGUUUGCCUUCUGGGUGCUGCUGCACAAGGCCGGCUACAUCUUCGGCUGGGUGCUCAGCUACUUCAAGGAGCAAAAGCAUGAGUACCACGACUACCACGGCCACCACGAUCACCACGACCACCACCACAUCGAGUACGGUCCCCCGGGGCCUUACAGGCGGAAGAGUCAGAAACCAUACAAUCCUUAUUCCAGUCCUCAUAAAACUGUUCCCACAAUCGUGGCUCUCGCAGUUCUAUCAAAACUGGCUGUCGUGAAAGUCGCCUCAUUCUUCUUCCUCGUCGCGUUCUUCCAAAAGCUGUUCUACGUCGGAGGCCUUCUCCUCAACUACUACCUGAAGAACCAGGGUCCCUCCGGCCCUCCAUCCGCUCCCAACAUGAUGUACGGACCUCCUUCAGACUACAACACCGUCGGGUACAGUUACGAACCUCCCGAAGAGCCUUUCCCGGGCCCCGAAGCUUUACCCAGCAUCAGCAUUGCAGACUUCAGUAACGGGUUCAAUUGGCUGCUUAGCAAGAAUCAGUCGUAA